GCUCGGCUCUGCCCGCCUGGCCCGGUCUGCUGCUCCCGGGAGCACGGCCCCUUCGCCCAUCGUCGGCCACUCGGGACGUGCGGGUGCCCGGGCUUCGGGAAGCGGGACGUCCCCGAGCCUCGGGGCCAUUGCCCUUGCUUUUUCUUCGUAGUGACCAGCGCAGGCAGCCGGGGAGGGCCCCGCGACUGACACGAUGAGCGCUAACGAGGACCAAGAGAUGGAACUAGAAGCAUUGCGUUCUAUUUAUGAAGGAGAUGAAAGUUUCCGGGAAUUAAGUCCAGUUUCAUUUCAGUACAGGAUAGGUGAAAAUGACGAUCCCAAAGCCUUCUUAAUAGAGAUUUCCUGGACAGAAACCUAUCCCCAAACACCUCCAAUUAUAUCCAUGAAUGCUUUCUUUAACAACACCAUAUCAUCAGCUGUAAAGCAGAGUAUAUUGGCCAAGUUACAGGAAGCAGUAGAGGUGAACCUGGGCACCGCCAUGACCUACACGUUGUUUGAGUAUGCCAAGGACAACAAAGAACAGUUCAUGGAGCAUCAUCAUCCCAUCACUUCCGCUACAUCCACAAGCAAUAUCAUCUCAACUGAAACUCCUAAUACAGCCCCAUCAAGUAAGAAAAAAGACAAAAAAGAACAGCUUUCAAAAGCCCAGAAACGUAAGCUGGCAGAUAAAACAGACCACAAAGGGGAACUCCCUCGAGGCUGGAACUGGGUCGAUGUGGUAAAGGUAUGUAAAGUCUGUGUUCUUAUCUUCAGAAUACUUACUGUGACCCCAUCAAAUAAUGAGAUUUGUAUUUUCCAUUUCCUCUGCAACGUUUGGGAUUUCCCGGGACGGCUGCUCACUUUGUCAUGUUCAGCAUUUAAGCAAAACUGGCUCAAAAGAUGAUGAAUAGUACAUGGAAUUUGAGACAAGGAAAACACAUCCUUUAAAAAGUAAACUGGGUUCAAAGUCUUAUGUUACAAUUUUCUGGUGUCAAGAUGGAUUUUUAUAAAACACGACUUUUUUUGUAAGUUUCUUAAAGUGUUGUAAGUGGAAAGUUCACAGCGUUCUGGUUGUAUUAAAUUAUGACUUUCACAAACUUGCCUUAAUAAAAGGUAAGCAUGUUCAUUGUUAGUACACUUUAUGAAGUGUGUUGAGCUUUGUGAAUGGUCAAAUAAGGAAGAAUAAUAGUGAUUAAUUUAUAUGAUCUUAUUCUUGUUGAUGUGCUAUUUUUUAAAAGGAGACUACAGCCUUUUACAAACUAUCCUCCCCAUACAGCAGGAUAUUGAGUUGACCCGUAUCACUGGGCUUCUAGAAAAAAGUAUUUAUUUCUGUUUUUGUUGAACUACUGAAGCACAAAUUGCCUCAGAGAAGUUAGAAUACCUGUAUUUGAAUUUUACGAAUGGGUACUCUUUGUAAUUCAUUCUUAAUUUUCAAAUGUGACCCUUUAAUAAAUUGAUAACUUUUUAUAUUUUUGUCUUAAUUUGAGUCAAGAUAUUUGAUCAUGAAAGCUUUCAGGGAUAUGUGGAUUAGGAGAAUAUAAAAACAAACCUGCCAAAUACAUUUGAAAGCAUUUGCAUAAUAAGGGUUAGCUCUUAUUGAAAACAUUUCUCUUUGCUGAGGAUACCAGGAUGAGAGUAAAAGAUGCCUUAAUAUUUAAUUUGUGUGUUGUUAGAUAGUGAGUUUAAUAAAUUCCUAUUUAUCUGCUGUUUUGUGAUUUCAGUCCUUGGAUAACUGAAUUCUUCUAGAUGUUUCAACAGAGAACCAUAUCUCAAGUCCUGUUUCAUUACCUUUUCAAAGGUCCUCAUGUAUUUUUCAACCUGAUCAUCUUUUUAAAAGAAGUCUUUCAAAUGCUAAGCUGUUGUCCAUGCCUGAUUUGUUUUUAAGUUAUGACUGAAGAAAACUCUUCUAGUUUCACCAGUAAGAGUUAUUUAUGUUUCUUUAUGUGUGAUUGGUGGUGAUUUUGUCUACGCUCUCUCGCUUUAAUGGCACUUAGACCUACUGCUUUAUCAGGAGGAACAGCUUGUUAGUUCCUUGUGUUAAACCUGUGCAACUUGGGUCUGAGUAUUUUAGUGAACAACUAACUUUUCAAGAUGUUACCUUAGUGUGAGAGCAGGUUUGAGUUGUAUCCACACUUUUUACUGGGUUGGCUUUCACUUCAGUUAAAUCAUUUAAAUGAUAAAGAUAAUUUUUUAUUAUAUAUAAAGAACUACAAUGAAAGAGUUUAAUCUCAUUUUCAAAAGCUGAAUCACAUUUUCUUUCUUGAUUUAAUAUAUAUACAGAGCAAAACAUUAGAAUUCAGAAUCACUAGGGUUGCUAAUUUUUCUUUGGGGUUGUGUAUAUUUUGUUCUUGUGUUGAUUUACUUGCUUACCAUUUUGAAUAAAUAUCUGCUCAUGGAAAAUAAUACUUGUACUCUGAAAUUGACCAGACCUAUCAUUGUCCAUAGCUUACAGAGAAUAAUGCUAGUUAAAUGCCAAUGAACUAUUUUUACUUUUUAUAUGAGAUGUACAGAUUUCUGGGGUGAUGGUGGCAGUGGUGCCUCUUGUUACCUUCUGUAAAACACUUGAAACUUCUCAUCAGUACUGCCAUCAUCUGUCUAAUACUCCCAGUAUAUUUUCUCAGUCUGUUUACUUAAAUUUGUGUGGAAUGAUGCAAUAAGCAAUAAAGUCUACAUCACCAUGA